CUAAGCUAAGCUAAGCUCCUCUUUCUCCUUUAAGCCUUUUUCUCUUUCUCUAUCCCAAGCUUCGAGAAAGUGCAUGCUGCAACAUAAACCCUCAUACCUAUAAAGACAUCCAACUCCUCGUGAAGUAAAAAUUAAACUGCCCCAGAGAAACUUCUUGCCUAGCUAGCUAGUUCCAUACUCUCUUCCUUCCUCGACCUCAACUAUUCUCUAGCUAGCUGGCUCUUAUAUGUAUAUAUAGACCCACGUUAUCUAUAACAAUCACCAAACAAUGAUGACGGCGAUGAUUAUCUAGUCUCUUCUAAUUUCGCGUCAUCUAUAUCGAUGCCCUAGCUUGCUUAGAGGCUUUGUGUUCUGGUGUUAAAGGUGAAAAAGGAAAUAUGGGUAGCGGUGGUAGUGAUGAUCAUGUUUCUUCUAGCUUUGUUAAGGUACUGUUGGGGACGGUUGCAGUGGUGGGCUUUAUCUUGGUUUUGUUGGUUGCCACGCUAGACUUGACUACGACUGAUCAAGGUCAAGGAGGAGGCAUAGCGUCGACAAAAACUGCAGCUACGACCUCAUCAGCAACAUCAGAUCAGUUUGCAGGAAAUAGUAUGAAGCAUGCAGAUCAGGAACUCGUUCAUCCGGAGCUGGAUCUCAACUAUAUGAGCAAAAGAAGAGUUCCUAAUGGGCCAGAUCCUAUUCACAACAGGAGAACUGGCAACUCCGGGCGACCCCCAGGCCAAGCUUAGCCACUGAAGCAGUAAGCUACAAAGUUUAGUUCAGCAGAGAGUGCAGAGCGAAGACGAUGAUGACGGACGUACGAUGAAGAUCGAUCGAUGCAUGUCUCUCCUUAGGCUAAUGUGUGUAUGUAUUUUGUAUAAAUCUUGGGACUACAACAUAUAAAAUCUUCUUCAAAACUAUUUGGAAAUCGUUUUCACAGACAGUUCGGGGUAAAUGAAAUGAAGCUUGAGUGAUACACCAUACAUACGCUCUCCCCUCUCAUGCAUGCGUGUUCAAAAAGAUCGAAUCUAGCCAUAGAGGAAUUUACUGUACGUAUUAGAAACUCAACUUUAGUAGUGCUCCACAGAUUUUAGUUUUUUUUUUAGUAGAUAUAGCUAGAAGAGAUCAUCAAUCUUUAAAUAGCAUGUAGCAUAAAGAGAUAAUGGAAUUAGAAUAUAUCUACCCCAUGCAUGCAGCAAACAUAGGAGAUGGAGAUAAAUAUAUAUUUUUUUAGUUUCUAUUUACAA